AAGGCGUUGGUUGCGUAUUCCAAUUCUCGACGUCUCUCGAAUCUCUCGCUUUCUCUCUCUCUCUCGCUCGCUUCGCUUGCUUCAGUAUAUGUAUUCAAUUCCCUUCGGCGACGGAGUUUGUGGUAGUUUGAGUGAGUAGUGCGCGGGUUUGAUGUUAUCAAGCGUUUGUUGUUACGUGAGAAGGUGAAGGAUUAUUAGUUGAGGUGGUUGUGAGAAUUGAUCGCGGUGUUGUGAGUGAAUUGUGAGGUUUUUGAGGUUGGUGAGGGUGGCGUACUCGACGAAGGGGAGAGGAGGGAGUGGGAGGAAGAGGAAGAGAGAAGAGGUGAGAGGUGGUGGUGGUGGUGACGAGAUGGGAGUUGAUUACUAUAGCGUGUUGAAGGUGCCGAAGACGGCGACAGAGGAUGAUUUGAAGAAAGCGUACCGGAAGUUGGCGAUGAAAUGGCAUCCGGAUAAGAAUCCGAACAAUAAGAAGGAGGCGGAGGCGAAGUUUAAGCAGAUCUCGGAAGCGUAUGAAGUGUUGAGCGAUCCGCAGAAGCGGCAAAUUUAUGACCAAGCGGGAGAGGAGGGGCUGAAAGGCGGCAUGCCGCCUCCUGGUGGUGCUUCGUAUGGGUUUGGCAACGGAGGGACGGCUCAUUCGUUUAGGUUCAAUCCAAGAAAUGCUGAGGAUAUAUUCGCGGAAUUUUUUGGUAAUGCUAGCCCGUUUGGAGGGAUGGGCAGCAUGGGAGGUAUGGGUGGUGGUAGAACGGGCAGAGGAGGUCCGUUUGGAGAUGGCAUGUUUGGUGGUUUUGGUGGUCCAGAGACUAUGUUCCGGACGACAGAUGGAGCACAGGGCUUCCGGUCUUUCGGUGACACUACCUCCCAGGCACGAAAAGCCCCCGCUGUGGAGAACAAGCUUCUCUGUAGUUUAGAAGAGAUUUACAAGGGAUCCACCCGAAAGAUGAAGAUCUCCAGGAUGAUUGCCGAUGCCAGUGGCAAGACCAUGCCUAUAGAGGAGAUUUUGACUAUAGAUAUCAAGCCUGGUUGGAAAAAAGGAACCAAGAUCACUUUUCCCGAGAAGGGUAACGAGAAAUUGGGAGUGACUCCUGCAGACUUGGUGUUUGUAAUUGAUGAGAAGCCUCACGAUACUUUUAAACGCGAUGGCAAUGACCUAACAAUGACCAAGAAGGUAUCACUUGUGGAGGCCCUGACAGGAUGCAGUUUCUCCAUCUCUACUCUAGAUGGCAGAGCGCUGAAUGUGAGCGUUUCUGACGUUAUCCAUCCUGGUUAUGAGAAGGUGCUGUCAAAGGAGGGAAUGCCGGUAGCUAAGGAACCGGGAAGGAAAGGAAAUUUGCGAAUCAAGUUCGACAUCACUUUUCCAAAUAGACUGAGCAGUGAGCAGAAGGCUGGCGUGAGGAAACUUUUGGGCGCUUGAGGAGACGGAUGGGUUUUUGGUGGUACGACGUAACAUGGUGCUGUAAUUACACCUACAAUAUUCAACAUGCAGUGUGGGGCUCCUACGGUUGUGAGAAUUGAGAGUACACCGACUUGGGGAGUUUGUACAUAUCCUUCCGUUUACUAUGGAGUUUCCCAUAAUGGGGACCUCAUUAAACUUGGGCUUCAUGGCCGGAGGCUGUUCAAGCGCUUUCAACAGUAAAUUUCCCUUUCUACCUGUUUCGCUUCUCCACCCUCCCUAAAGGCAAUUAGUAUGCGAUCUCAAAUUUUACGAACGGAUACAGUUAGUAAAUAUGUGGACUCCAGGUUCUGAUGUUGAAGAGUCCAAGCUGCAUCACCUCCACGGCGCAAAGGCUCUUUGAUGCUAAGCGGUCUCUAGCUCUUCAGAGGAUUUCUUUUUUCUGAGAGCGGUGGACAUUGUACCUGAGGAUUCCUCAACGACUUCUCGUGCUGGCUGGGCGACUGGGUUUGGCAACUGUACCAGUAUUACUGGAGCAGCAGAAUCUCUGGUUAUAAAUUUCCUAACAAGAUGGAUUUUGGAAGUGUAAUGGCCGCUAGGGAAUGAUGCUUGGCGACGAGCACUUCCUCGGGAUCGCACCCUUUUCGUGUAUCGUUGAGGUGUCUUUUACUUAAGACGUAGAUAAUAGGAAUAGUCAUAACCAUAGCCGAGUUGUACAAUAUUUACAAUUUUCGUAGCGUAGUGAUGAAAUGCAAAACAUUAGUAUUUUUCCCCAUUCUUUCCCCUUUCUGUUCAUGUUGAUAUUUUCUCUCACUGCACAAGUCAAUCUCAUUCAGUCUGAUAGUAUUUUCCUGUGGGUAUCUUGAAGAAUGGUUGAUUAGGUUUGCAAUGCUCAGUGGUUGCAGAAACGAUUGCCUAUUUCGUAGCUUUGUCUUUAUGAUCAUGUGUGAGCUUACAGAUUCUGAAAGUACGGACGCAGCCACCAUGCCAUUGUAAUUGUGGCUUGAUCCUCUGCAGUUACCACGUUUCGAAUUGACAACUUCACUUUCAUCAA